UGGAAACUAAAGUGCACCAACCAAGUAUAUAUCUGGUGAGGAAUGGAUAAUGAUAAAGCGGCUGUCAUUACGCGGAAUCCUCCUUCGUUGACUUUCCUUCUUACAAUCUGUUAGAAUAUUAAUUCGUCUUCCUUCAAAAGACGGACUCAAUGAACUAGUUUUUGCAUCAAAUUUUUGCAUGCUUCAACGAACUGAGACAAGUUGGAUUAGAACUCAGAUAUUUCAGUUUGAGGCAAGGAACUGAACCUUCCAAUUCUUCCAUGGAUAAUAAUCACACGCAAAGCCGUAGAUAUAGAUAUGACGUGUUUAUCAGUUUCAGAGGUCCUGACACGCGCAACACUUUUGUUGAUCAUCUUUAUGCUCACCUAACAAGAAAUGGUAUUUUCGCUUUCAUGGAUGAUAAAAGGCUCGAGAAAGGAGAUUCCCUUUCGUCGCAACUUCUUCAAGCUAUACAUAAUUCACGGAUUUCUAUUGUUGUCUUCUCUGAAACAUAUGCCGAGUCCAAGUGGUGUUUGGAAGAGAUGGCUACUAUUGCUGAAUGUCAUAAAGAAUUCAAUCAAAAAGUAUUUUCUGUUUUUUAUGAUGUCGAUCCAUCUCAUGUACGACAUCAAUCUGGGGUGUACCAAAACGCCUUUGAUUUUUACCGGAUGAGAUUCGAAGGUGAUCAGAUUAAAGUUGUGAGGUGGACGAAUGCUAUGAAGGUUUUAGCUGACUCAGUCGGUUGGGAUGUCAGGAACAAGCCAGAGUUUAUAGAGAUUGAAACAAUUGUUCAAGCAGUAAUAAAAUCUUUGAAUCAUAAAUUCUCAGGGUUAAGCAGCGAUCUUGUUGGGAUGCAACCUCGUGUAGAAGAAUUAGAAAAGAUUCUUAAAUUGAACUCAAAAGAUGAUGAUUUUCGAAUUUUGGGAAUUUGGGGGAUGGGUGGAGUAGGAAAGACAACUCAUGCCACUGUUUUGUACGACAGAAUCUCUUAUCGGUUUGAUGCUCGUUGUUUUAUUAAUAACACAAGCAAACUUUAUAAGGAUGGUGGUAUUGUUGCUGUUCAAAGACAAAUUCUUCGACAAACUCUAGACGAAAGAAAUCUUGACUCAUACGAUAUUUGGGAAAUUUCCAAGAUUAUGAUAACUAGGCUUUACAGUUGCACCAAUGUUCUUCUAGUUCUUGACAAUGUUGAUCAAUUUGACCAAUUGCGGGAAUUACGUAUAAAUCCUAAAUUACUUGGGAGUGGCAGUAGAAUAAUCAUAACCACAAGGGAUGAGCAUAUACUACGAGUAUAUGGAGCAGAUAAAAUUCACAAAGUUCCACUGUUGAAUAGUAAUGAUGCUUCUGAACUUUUUCUUAGAAAUGCCUUCAAAGGUGAAGAGCAAAGCAGCAAUUGUGUUGAGUUGAUUCCAGAGAUACUAAAAUAUGCUCAAAAUCUUCCAUUAGCAAUUAAAGUAGUUGGCUCUUUUUUGUGUACUCGAGAUGCUACUCAGUGGAGAGAUGCUUUGGAUAGAUUGAAGAACAAUCCAGACAAUAAAGUUAUGGAAGUGCUCCAGAUGAGUGUUGAUGGACUACAACACGAGGAGAAGGAAAUAUUUCUGCACAUUGCUUGUUUUUUUAAAGGGGAGAGGGAAGAUUAUGUAAAGAGAAUUCUAGAUGCAUGUGGAUUAUACCCUCACAUAGGACUUCAAAGAGUCAUUGAGAAGUCACUCAUUACCAUUAAAAACCAAGAGAUUCAUAUGCAUGAUAUGUUACAAGAACUGGGAAAGAAAAUUGUUCGGCACAGCUUUCUCGAAAACCCAGUGUCAUGGAGUAGAUUAUGGCGAUACAAUGAUUUCUCUCUUGUCUUGAAGACAAAAAUGGGAACAAACAAUAAUGUUAAAGCUAUCGUUCUGGAUCAAAAGAAAAAUUUCUCCAAAUGCAGGGCUGAAGGAUUUUCAAAUAUGAGCAACCUUGUACUUCUCAUGUUGUAUCAUAACAACUUUUCAGGAAAUUUGGAUUUUCUUUCCAACAACUUGCGCUAUCUUUUGUGGCAUGGAUACCCUUUUACUUCUUUGCCGUCAAAUUUUGAGCCAGAUUAUCUUGUGGAAUUGAAUAUGCCUGAUAGUAGCAUUCAACGAUUGUGGGAAGGUCGCAAGGAACUACCUAAUUUGAAAAGGAUGGAUUUGAGCAACUCCAAGUAUCUUAUAGAGACUCCAAUGUUUUUUGGGACCCCAAAACUGGAGCGCCUAGAUUUUACAGGAUGCACAAACUUAAUACAGGUCCAUCCAUCCAUUGGACAUCUUACAGAACUUGUUUUCUUAAGUCUGCAAAACUGCAGCAGUUUGGUCAACCUUGAUUUUGGUAGUGUAUCGAGAUUAAGUUCUUUGAGAGUUAUACGCCUUUCUGGUUGCACAAAACUUGAACAGACGCCUCAUGUUUCCGGGGCAUCAAAUCUUGAGUACCUUGAUAUGGAUGAAUGUACAACUUUAUCCAAAGUUCAUGAAUCCAUUGGGGAUUUGACAAAGCUUAAAUUCUUGAGUUUGAGAAACUGCACAAAUUUUGUUGGAUGGCCCGAUAGGAUUAUGAGGCUGGUAUCCCUUGUAACUCUAGACUUUUGUGGUUGCUCAAGUCUUACAAUUCUACCUACUGGUUAUAUGAAAUCUUUGAUUUCUCUAGAUUUAAGCUUUUGCAAUCUUCAUGAAGUACCAGAUAGUAUUGGAUGGUUAUUCACGUUAGAAAGACUAAAUCUACAAGGAAACAAAUUGCGUUCACUACCUAAUUGUUUCACUCUUCUUGCCAACCUAGCAUAUGUAAACUUAUCUCAUUGCCAUGAGAUUAGAACUAUUGAACUCGGCCAACUUCCAAAAAGUGCUUCUGGAGGAAAAUAUUUUAACAUAGCAGCGGGAUCUCGUGAUCAUAGGUCAGGAUUAUAUAUAUUUGACUGUCCUAAGUUCAUGGAUAAACCCAAAUAUCAUCAAUCCAUAGAAUAUUUGUGGUUACAAAGACUGCUUCUGAAUCCCCAGCAUUUUCGUGGUGGCUUUGACAUUGUUGUUCCUCUUGAUUGGGAUAAAACCGUUUCUCGAUCACGUAGUUGUAUUCCAAGAUGGUUCAAUCACCAUUUUAAUGGUGGUUCAAUAGUAAGGAUAGUAGAUUUUGAAGAGUUUGACAAGAAGUUUGGCUUUGCCUUCUGUGUGGAAUUUAAGGUAAAAAAAAAUUGUCCUGCUAGUUCGGGUUUGCCACAGGAUUCAUUUUCCUCAGCACUCCCACAUCCUUUAUAUCUUUCUUUUGAAAGUGAACACACAGAGGAACGCUUUGAUAUGCCGCUUAACUUGGAACUGCAUAAAAUUGAUGGCUCCAAAUAUCUUUGGGUAAUCUAUAUCUCUCAAGAGCACUGCCAUUUCUUAAAAACUGGAGCGCAUAUCACAUUUAAAGCCCGCCCAGGUUUGUCAAUAAAGAAAUGGGGAUUGCGCUUGGUAAUCAAGGAUCUAAAGAUAUUUCAUCCUCUCCCUUUGGAGUACUCAUCGGACACUGAUGUGCCCAAACUUGUCUUUGAUUAUGUACAAAAAACCAGCACGAAGUCUGGAACUAAAAUCCAACUUCCUUACAAUUGGUUGGUUACUGAAGAGGAAGAAGCUGAAAAUUCUGGAGUCAAGUCAAAAGAAUUUGAUCUUUCUAAUCUGGGCCUUUAGGUAUGCCAACUACAGUUAAAAUGCACAACACGUUCUGUGAGCCUUGAGGUGGAUGAAGACAUGAUAGGUACUGUGAUUCUAUGUUUGUGGAGGAUGAAUGUUGUUAUCUGUUGCAAUUUAGGAAUUUCUUCAACUUCGUAAGUGGGUUCGUAGUCUCAUGUUCAUGUUGGACAAAUUCAGAAUGGG